GGGGUGAGGGGAGACCAGGAAGGCAGACACCCCUGUCUCCUGACAGCCUCGUAACCAUGCAGGAGACUCACUGUGACUUGUCCCACACCCUCCCCAGUGUCUCCUCAGUUGGGGCUGGGGGCUUCAGGGAUCAGGGAGAGGCUGGGUACCAGCAGUGUGCCUGGUGGCACCUGGGACAGGGCCUUGCUGGGGGCGGGUGCUGUGGGUGUGCUCGCCAGGCCGAGGCAUUGGGAAGGAACGAGGUGGGGAGCUCUCUGGAGAGGCACACGGGUGGGUACCAGCUGGAGGUGUUGCCUGAGCAGCUGGCAAGGCUGGGGCCUUCAGAUUAGGCCAUAGGUGAGUGGCCUGGAGCGCCUGGCCAAGGAGCAGAGCUGGGCAGGGGCCAGGGGCUGUGCUGGGCCUCUGUCCGGGGGCUUUUCUCUGGGGAACGGUUCCGGGGCAGUGGGCUCGAGACUCUGGCCCUGGGGAUUGCACAUUGGGGCAGAUCGGACCAUCCAGGAGCGAGUGGGAGGUGGGUGUGCCGGGGCUUCACACCGGUUUCCACUUUUCUGGCCUGUGUUGACACAGGCCACCCUCCCCACCAGGCUGGUCCCGAGCCCCCUCCUGGCCCCCAGGCCUGGAAGACAGCUUCCUUGCUGCCUGGCCAGGCCCCCUUGUGGUUGCCAGGGCCUCGAUGCUGGAAUGUCAGAGGCCCCCCACUGGCCCCUCAGCCUCCUCCUGCUUUGCACAGGCUGGGCCAGAGCCUGCCACGGAGCCCCAGCGGCUACACACUCCACUCACUCACACCUCUCAGGGCCCCGCACGUUCCCACAGCCCUCAGGGUGUACGUGCUGUAGGUGUGGCUGUGCCCCAGGUAUGUGUUCCCCAGGUGUGCUUGUGCCCCAGGUGUGGCUGUGCCCCAGGUGUUCGUGUGCCCCAGAUGUGGCUAGGUGUCUAGAUGUGUUCUAGAUGUCUGUGUAUUCCAGUGUGGCUGUGUCUCAGGUGUGCGUGUGCCCCAGGUGUGCGUGUGCCCCAGGUGUGGCUUUGCCUCCAGUGUGUGUGCCCCAGAUGUAUGUGUGCCCCAGAUGUAUGUGUGCCCCAGGUGUGGCUGUGCCCCAGGUGUGGCUGUGCCCCAGGUGUGGGUGUACUCCAGGUGUGGCUGUGCCCCAGGUGUGGGUGUGCCCCAGGUGUGGGCUGUGCUCCAGGUGGCUGUAUUUCCCAGGUACUCAGGGUGAGGUUGGGAAAAAAGCAGGACAUUUCUACACUAGGUGGGACAAGCAGGUUUCUGGGGUGCCCCCCUCAUGCCAGCCGUUCUGUGGGAUCUCCAUACCCCUCAUCCUCUGAGGCCUGGCGCACGGCAGGGCUCAGAGACUGAAGGAAGGACUGUAGGAGUGGACGAUGGUGGGGUUUUGACCUGACACCGGGCCAGAUGCCCUGUGUGGCUGCCUCAGCCUGGAGUAGAGUGUCUGAGCUGGAACAGGGGUCCUAGCCCCACUCUGUGAGGCGAGAAACUGAGGCUUGGAGAGAGGAAGAGAUGGGGCUUCCCAGGACCUGGUGGGUGGUAUGCAAGGGGAGCUGGCUGGUGCGGCGGGGGCUGUGGUGAGGGCCCUGGGAGGGGCAGGGGGAUGCACGCAGACAGAGGCUCUGCCUGCCCGCAGAGUGCCAGCUGAUGAAGACAGAGCGGCCUCGGCCCAACACCUUCAUCAUCCGCUGCCUGCAGUGGACCACUGUCAUCGAACGCACCUUCCAUGUGGAGACUCCUGAGGAGCGGGAGGAGUGGACAACCGCCAUCCAGACUGUGGCCGACGGCCUCAAGAAGCAGGAGGAGGAGGAGAUGGACUUCCGGUCGGGCUCACCCAGUGACAACUCAGGGGCUGAAGAGAUGGAGGUGUCCCUGGCCAAGCCCAAGCACCGCGUGACCAUGAACGAGUUUGAGUACCUGAAGCUGCUGGGCAAGGGCACUUUUGGCAAGGUGAUCCUGGUGAAGGAGAAGGCCACAGGCCGCUACUACGCCAUGAAGAUCCUCAAGAAGGAAGUCAUCGUGGCCAAGGACGAGGUGGCCCACACACUCACCGAGAACCGCGUCCUGCAGAACUCCAGGCACCCCUUCCUCACAGCCCUGAAGUACUCUUUCCAGACCCACGACCGCCUCUGCUUCGUCAUGGAGUACGCCAACGGGGGCGAGCUGUUCUUCCACCUGUCCCGGGAGCGUGUGUUCUCCGAGGACCGGGCCCGCUUCUAUGGCGCUGAGAUCGUGUCAGCCCUGGACUACCUGCACUCGGAGAAGAACGUGGUGUACCGGGACCUCAAGCUGGAGAACCUCAUGCUGGACAAGGACGGGCACAUUAAGAUCACAGACUUCGGGCUGUGCAAGGAGGGGAUCAAGGACGGUGCCACCAUGAAGACCUUUUGUGGCACACCCGAGUACCUGGCCCCCGAGGUGCUGGAGGACAAUGACUACGGCCGUGCAGUGGACUGGUGGGGGCUGGGCGUGGUCAUGUACGAGAUGAUGUGCGGCCGCCUGCCCUUCUACAACCAGGACCAUGAGAAGCUUUUUGAGCUCAUCCUCAUGGAGGAGAUCCGCUUCCCGCGCACGCUUGGUCCCGAGGCCAAGUCCUUGCUUUCGGGGCUGCUCAAGAAGGACCCCAAGCAGAGGCUUGGCGGGGGCUCCGAGGACGCCAAGGAGAUCAUGCAGCAUCGCUUCUUUGCCGGUAUCGUGUGGCAGCACGUGUACGAGAAGAAGCUCAGCCCACCCUUCAAGCCCCAGGUCACAUCGGAGACUGACACCAGGUAUUUUGAUGAGGAGUUCACGGCCCAGAUGAUCACCAUCACACCACCUGACCAAGAUGACAGCAUGGAGUGUGUGGACAGCGAGCGCAGGCCCCACUUCCCCCAGUUCUCCUACUCGGCCAGCGGCACGGCCUGAGGCGGCGGUGGACUGCGCUGGACGAAAGCUUGGAGGGAUGGAGAGGCGGCCUCGUGCCAUGAUCUGUAUUUAAUGGUUUUUAUUUCUCGGGUGCAUUUGAGAGAAGCCACGCUGUCCUCUCGAGCCCAGAUGGAAAGACGUUUUUGUGCUGUGGGCAGCACCCUCCCCCGCAGCGGGGUAGGGAAGAAAACUAUCCUGCGGGUUUUAAUUUAUUUCAUCCAGUUUGUUCUCCGGGUGUGGCCUCAGCCCUCAGAACAAUCCGAUUCACGUAGGGAAAUGUUAAGGACUUCUGCAGCUAUGCGCGAUGUGGCAUUGGGGGGCCGGGCAGGUCCUGCCCAUGUGUCCCCUCACUCUGUCAGCCAGCCGCCCUGGGCUGUCUGUCACCAGCUAUCUGUCAUCUCUCUGGGGCCCUGGGCCUCAGUUCAACCUGGUGGCACCAGAUGCAACCUCACUAUGGCAUGCUGGCCGGCACCCUCUCCUGGGGGUGGCAGGCACACAGCAGCCCCCCAGCACUAAGGCCGUGUCUCUGAGGACGUCAUCGGAGGCUGGGCCCCUGGGAUGGGACCAGGGAUGGGGGAUGGGCCAGGGUUUACCCAGUGGGACAGAGGAGCAAGGUUUAAAUUUGUUAUUGUGUAUUAUGUUGUUCAAAUGCAUUUUGGGGGUUUUUAAUCUUUGUGACAGGAAAGCCCUCCCCCUUCCCCUUCUGUGUCACAGUUCUUGGUGACUGUCCCACCGGGAGCCUCCCCCUCAGAUGAUCUCUCCACGGUAGCACUUGACCUUUUCGACGCUUAACCUUUCCGCUGUCGCCCCAGGCCCUCCCUGACUCCCUGUGGGGGUGGCCAUCCCUGGGCCCCUCCACACCUCCUGGCCAGACGCUGCCGCUGCCGCUGCCGCUGCACCACGGCGUUUUUUUACAACAUUCAACUUUAGUAUUUUUACUAUUAUAAUAUGAAACCUUCCCUCCAAAUUCUUCAAUAAAAGUUGCUUUUCAA